UGGCGACCGAUCCCUCUUUCACCGACUGCACUCAUCAUUUCAUUGCCUAAUUUUCCCCAAUUCCUCCAAAUCCCUAACUCCCCAAUCUCAAAUUUCCUCAAACUGUAGAAUAUUUUCUGCCAAAUCGAAAUCCACUGACGGCUCUCUCCGAUCGGCACCACGAGAAUUACGAGAUAUUUGUGGCUGCGAAUGCCAUGGAGAAGGAGGCGUCCGAAGAGAUGAGUCCGCCCCCUCAGCCUGUUGAUUUUCCAUUAGCCACUCUGCUACGGGCAUCCGAUCCCGAUCAGAAGCCUGCGAAAAAGCCAACUCGCCAAUGGGCCGCAUGGACACACCAGGAGGAAGAGAGUUUCUUCAAUGCUCUUCGCCAAGUAGGAAAAAAUUUUGAGAAGAUUACACUCCGUGUCCAGAGCAAAAAUAAGGAUCAGGUCAGACAUUAUUACUAUCGCCUUGUUAGACGCAUGAAGAAAAUUCUGGGUCCUGAAUUCUCACUUGAUGCAAGAAACUCCAAGGACACCAUUGCUGCUAUGCUCCGCUGGUGGUCUCUGCUCGAAAAAUUUAGCUGCAGUGCUUCAAAGCUGCAUCUGAGGCCUCGGAGAAUGAAAACAUUUGUAGAAACAUUGGGAAAUCAACUGCUAAAGGACAGAAAGAGAACCAGAAGAAAGUGUCCACAAGGGGAUAUGUACCUAGCUUCAUCUCCGAUUCUCAGCAAGACUCCAGGAAAUCAAUCUUCCUCAGUAGAACUGUUGCCCAUGGAUGCACAAGAUGGUAGCAUUGUAGCCUAUUCUAAAGGAGCAUUUUCCAAACGGGUUGUAGAAACAAAUUCUAACAGGUCAGGAGCAAUCAAAGGGGACCUCUCUGCCACAAGAACUGUGAAACAGAAAAGGAGAGCAGGUGGCGUUGGUGCAACUGCUGCAUACAAAAAAUGGGAGAGAGCUGCCAUGGCUGGUGUUUCUUUGGUUGCUGAUGCAGCUGAAGAGAUCGAACGCAGCAUAGUGACCCAAAACUUGUGUAAUGUUGAUGCAAGACCACUAGCUUCAUCAUCAAACAAUGUAGCUACUGUUGAAGCUAUUGGCACAAAUCAGAUCAAGGAAGCAGAUCCGCAAGCACCUUCAAAGCUGAAACUACAGUUAUUUCCAAUAAAUGAAGCUACACGGAAGGCAUUGGAGAAGGAUGAACAUAAUCCACAUCUGGAGCUCACAUUAAGUGCUAGGAAAAAAAUGUCGUCUGUUUUAGAACAUCUGAACCGCAAGUGGGGCAACUCAAAUAUUGCAUGUGGAGAGCUUGUGCUUUUUCCAUAUUGUGCUCAUCAAGAGGAUUUAGCUACAUAUCAGAGGUGGACAACAAGAGAUACUGUUGCAGUAGCUGACGUUUUUCUUUCAGUGAAUAGUCCCUCUGUAUUCCGAUUAAGGUAUGGGUGGUUUUCCCUUGCUGAGCUUGAAGCAGGAGUAAGUGAAAUAUCUUUGACCCACUUUGAGAAUUGCAUGAUACCUGAAGACGUCCAGGUGAAAUCUUCCUCAGAGGCUUGCGCACAAAAGGAUUCUACUUCUCUCGGUGGCUUUACUUCAGAGCAUCCAUCUUGUAAUUCAAAUGACCAAUCAUCAUUGUUGCUUGGUACACCAUCUAGUACAGACAAGAAUGCUGAAGAAGAGCAGUCCACCAAUGUAUCCCCCUCACAGUCUGGCAGUCAACAUCAAGAACAAGUUCCUGACCAAGCCACUGAGGUUUAUCAGGGAAUGAAGUGUGUUGCAAUGUCUGAAGUUGAGUGGGCAGAUACACUUACUGAUAUCAGUGUUGGAUACUUACUGACAGAAGCAUCCAAGGGUGCUAAAUUGGAUUGUCCAGGGACCUCUAGUGUCAAAAAUGCUCUUCUUGAUAAUUCUUGCAGCUACGACUCGUUCGAUGCUGCUGUUGCCCUUCAUACUUCUCGUUACCAAGUCGCAGAGCAGUCUGCCCAUACAUCCCAUUCCAAUAUCUGGGGUGCAGAAGAAACAUGCGACGAGUUCAGUUUUAAAUCGGCAGCAGGUAGGAAGCAAGAAGGUUCAAACACUCUAGCUGGCAGCCCUCCCGAUAGUGACAAUGAAGUUCACUCUCCAAAUUCAGAAGGGUUUCGAGGUUUUCUUGAGGACUUGGCUGGAGGAGAGGUUGCUGAUAAUCCUUGCAUCUAUGAUGUUAAAGAUAUAGAACUUUGUGCCAUAUCACUACCUCAAAAUGACAAAGAUUCUGGAUUGAAAGAUCAGUCUCUAGCUGACAUAUACUGGCCUGAUUCACUUGGACCACUGGACUUGGAGAUACCAUCAACGAGAUACCAACCUGAAGACUUCUUCUUGGGAGAUAGUCAAAAUAGUUGGGGUCGCAUGAUGGCUAGUAGCCUGGAUGCAUUUCGAAACUUGUCAUUCUUCACGUCGGACAAGAAUGACUCGAUUCCACCCAUCAUGUAAAGUUGGAUGCUGGAGUUCAUCUUGCUACGUUGGCUAGAAAUGAUACUGCCAAUGACGCAUCGAGCCGAGGAGGAGGCUUUAUAUUGUCCAAGCGAACUGCUUGUUGCUAAUCCAACAUAUGCGGACUUGCUGUGCGUUGCAGUCAAGAGGGAUGCAUGUUGUUGUAAAACAGUUGCAUAAACGGUGCACUAACAUGUAUGUCAUGUAAACGUAUUCCUGUAAAAAAGAAAACAUACAAGGCUUGGUUACAAUAAAGCUUCUUCUUCCGUGUACAAGUUA